AACGUACUCCAAGAUAAUAAAUUAAACAUAUAUACCCUAAACCCUGCAUAAAUAGCCCUUGUAAUCACUCUUCUCAUCCAUCACAAAACACUCAAACCCCCCUCAUAUAUUCAAUACCUUUCUCGAUCUCUGAAAUUAGUAAUUAGCAGUCAUGACUAAGGAUGUUGAAGCUGUGGCGGAGCCUGAAUUCUCAGCUAAGGACUACAAUGACCCACCACCUGCUCCAUUGAUUGACAUGGAGGAGCUAAAGAAAUGGUCAUUGUAUAGGGCUUGCAUAGCUGAGUUUGUUGCAACUCUUCUCUUCUUGUAUAUUACUGUUCUUACUGUGAUUGGCUACAGUGCUCAGAGUGAUACAGCCGCUGGUGGCGAUGAUUGUGGUGGUGUUGGAAUCCUUGGUAUCGCUUGGGCCUUCGGUGGCAUGAUCUUUAUCCUUGUUUACUGCACCGCCGGUAUCUCCGGAGGACACAUUAACCCAGCAGUGACGUUUGGGCUAUUUGUUGCAAGGAAGGUGUCUCUAUUAAGGGCAGUUUUGUACAUGAUAUCUCAAUGCCUUGGUGCUAUAUGUGGUGUUGGGCUAGUAAAAGCUUUCCAAAGUUCUUACUAUGUUAGAUAUGGUGGUGGUGCUAAUGUUAUGGCUCAUGGUUACAACAAGGGUACAGGUCUUGGUGCUGAGAUUAUUGGUACCUUUGUUCUUGUCUACACCGUCUUUGCCGCUACUGACCCUAAGAGAAACGCUAGGGACUCCCAUGUUCCCGUAUUGGCACCACUUCCUAUUGGAUUCGCAGUAUUCAUGGUUCACUUGGCCACCAUCCCAAUCACCGGUACCGGAAUCAACCCCGCUAGGAGUUUUGGUGCCGCCGUCAUUUACAACCAAGAGAAAUCAUGGAACGAACACUGGAUAUUCUGGGUGGGACCAUUCAUAGGAGCAGCAGUUGCAGCAAUCUAUCACCAGUACGUUCUAAGAGCUGCAGCAAUCAAAGCUCUUGGAUCGUUCAGAAGCACUGCUUAAUUAAUUAUUAAAUAAGCAUCCUUUAUUUCUAUUUAAAUUUGUGGGUUUCAAAAGGAUGGAUUGGAGAGGGAAAAAGACCAUACAAAUGUAGAUAAACAACACUGGGCUAUGAUUAUUAAGGGCGUGUUUGGUUUUUUCUCUCUCUCUCUCUCUUUGUUUUUUUUUUUUUUUUCUUGGGUUUUAUUUUUCCACCAUUGUAGCUUGUAUGGUUUUUCUUUUUCUUUUUUUUAUAAAUGAAAGUUAAAGUUUCUUGUGUAUGUA